AGGGGCAUUUGUUAGGGGCGGAGCUCCAACGGGUGCUGCCCGGAGCCUUAGGUACCGGGCGUAAAGGCGGUGCAGCUGAGCUAUCGCUCAGGAACACAGCCGAGGCCAUGAAGGAAGAGAAAGAUCCCAGGCCUAAGGAGAAGCGAGUGACCCUUUUAACGCCUCAGGGAGCUACAGGCAGCAGCGCUGGAGCUUCAGGGGAAGGCACCAAAGGGGAAGAUAAGCAGGAUCGCAACAAGGAGAAGAAGGAGGCGUUGAGCAAGGUGGUAAUUCGAAGAUUACCUCCCACUUUGACCAAGGAGCAGCUUCAGGAACAUCUUCAACCUAUGCCUGAGCAUGAUUAUUUUGAGUUUUUUUCUAAUGAUACUAGUCUGUAUCCUCAUAUGUAUGCCAGAGCAUAUAUCAACUUUAAAAACCAAGAGGACAUUCUUUUAUUCAGGGACCGAUUUGAUGGCUAUGUGUUCCUUGACAAUAAAGGUCAGGAAUAUCAUGCUAUAGUAGAAUUUGCACCUUUUCAAAAAGCUGCAAAAAAGAAGAUUAAGAAAAGAGAUACCAAAGUUGGAACUAUUGAUGAUGAUCCGGAAUAUAGAAAGUUUUUGGAGAGUUAUGCCACAGACAAUGAGAAAAUGACAUCUACUCCGGAGACAUUACUAGAGGAAAUAGAAGCGAAAAAUAGAGAAUUAAUAGCUAAAAGGACAACCCCACUUUUAAGCUUCCUGAAAAACAAGCAGCGAAUGAGAGAAGAAAAGAGGGAAGAAAGGAGGAGACGAGAAAUAGAAAGGAAAAGACAAAGAGAAGAAGAGAGAAGAAAGUGGAAAGAAGAGGAAAAACGAAAAAGAAAAGAUAUAGAAAAGCUAAAGAAAAUAGACAGAGUUCCAGAAAGGGAAAAAAUAAAGGAUGAACCAAAGAUUAAGGUACACAGGUUUCUGUUACAAGCUGUGAAUCAGAAAAAUCUGCUCAGGAAACCAGAAAAAGGAGAUGAAAAAGAAUUGGAUAAAAGAGAAAAAGCCAAAAAACUGGAUAAAGAGAAUUUGAAUGAAGAGAGAGCCAGUGGGCAAAGUUGUAUGCUACCCAAGCGCUCUGAUGUUGAACUGAAGGAUGAAAAACCAAAGAGACUUGAAGAUGACAGUGGCAGAGAAUACCGAGACAGAGACAGGGAUUAUGACCGUGAUCAGGAGCGCAUGCUCCGAGAGAGAGAGAGGCUGAAGCGGCAAGAAGAAGAACGCCGGAGACAGCAGCAGAAGGAGCGCUAUGAGAAAGAGAAGGCUUUUAAAAGAAAGGAAGAAGAAAUAAAAAGAGAGAAAGAAGCGCUUCGGGAUAAAGGAAAAAAGAGUGAAAGCACAGAAUCAAUAGCCACCUCAGAAAAAACUGAAAAGAAAGAGGAAGUGGUUAAGAGAGAUCGCAUAAGAAACAAGGAUCGCCCGGCAAUGCAGCUUUACCAACCAGGAGCUCGAAGCCGAAAUCGACUCUGUCCCCCUGAUGACAGCGCCAAGUCUGGAGAGUCAGCAGUAGACAAAAAGCAGGAAAGUGGUAUUAGCCAUAGAAAAGAAGGAGGAGAAGAGUGAUAAGUUCAAAUGACCAUAGGUGUCCUGACUGUCCAGGCAGCCAAAGAGCAAUCCAGAAGUGCCUUCAGGGCAAAGGAAUAGAGAGCAAGAAAGGGGUCGCUGUGCUGGUGGGAUACACUGCAGAGGAGUAUGUUUUGUGUCAACACAGGUAUCAGAUUGCAGGCUCAGAACUGAAAGUACAAUUUCAUUUUCAUUGUAGUUUCUACAAGCUAAUUCUAAUGUUUCAGAAAAAGAUGCUGGUAAGAACACUGCAGGCAGGAAAUGUCAAGAAUGCUGUAUGACACAAACAAAAGAGCUGGUUCCAAAAUCAACAGGUGUUAUUAAUCCUGGAUUGAAUUUUCUUAGUUUGGCUGGAGCAGAAUUACUUUGAAGUCUUGUUCAGAUCUAAUUAUAUUGCACUGUUGGUAAUAAUUGUUGACUUUGUGUAGUGUAGAAGCAAAAGCAUGCAAUUGUAAUGUAAGUAUAGUGAUGGAUAGAACAAAUUUUGGCUAAUGCAAAAUGUAAAUAGUUGUGUUAUAUCUAAAGUUUUUAUAGUUUUAGUUUUUGUUUGCUUACACAAGUAGUAUCGAUAUCUGUGAGCAUCUCAUUUGGCCUUUAGCUAAUUUUUUCUAUUAAUAGAUAAAACUUAAUCCUUGAUUAGUUGGUGACAAUCCAGUCUUUGUUUUACCUUAGGUCUCAUGAUUUGGGUGCAUACCCUCUCCAGGAAGGAAACUACACCAAUAUCUGUUCAUGUUAAAAGGCAGCUUUCAGUCUGUUUUGUAUUGCUGUCAAUAAAUACCAAUUUUACUCA